AUGAGUGACGCCCCCCUCUUGGCCGAGCUUGGCUGGAUCGAGUGGUGCGCUCUGCCCGGCCUCGGCAUCCCCUUGCUGCAAGCAAAGAUCGACACCGGCGCGCGGACCUCGUCGCUCCACGCCGAGGACCUCGAGAUCGUCGAUCAGGGCGGCCGCCAUGUCGCCAAGUUUCUCGUCCGCACCCGCAAAGGGGUCUAUGUUUGCGAAUGCCCCGUCAAGGACGAACGCCACGUGAAGAGUUCGUCGGGGCAUGAAGAGCUACGCGUCGUCGUCGAAACCACCUGCGUCAUCCAACGCGUCCGCUGGACGAUCGAGCUGACGCUCACCGACCGCACCGCCAUGCGGUUCCCGAUGCUGCUGGGCCGCCGGGCGAUGGCCGGGCGGUUCGUCGUCGAUCCCAGCCGCCGCUAUGUGUGCGGAAAGCCCAAGCGAAAGUUCAAGUCGUAA